AUGUGUAGACCAUUUUGCAAUAACAUAAUUGUGAAGCGUGGGCAGCCGGUCAUGGUUUCACCACCUCAAGAGGAAAUCAAGGAGAAAGGUGUCUUCUCCCUCUCGUUCCUCGACCACAUUGUAUGUUGGGUACGUUCCAUUUAUGGGUUCAAGUCGAACAAGAAAGGGAACGAAAUGGCCGGCCAAGUGUUCAAAGCAGCCUUGCGAAAGCUCCUCGUUCAUUACUAUCCUUUGGCGGGUCGACUGACAGUCGUCUCACGAGAAAAGUUGGCGGUGAGUUGCUACGAGAAAGGUGCUGUUUUCGUGGAGGCUGAGGCUGACCUUGCCAUGCAAGAUGUUGAAGAGAUGGUGAGGAGUGACCCGAGUAAGCUCGUCGACUUGGUUUACGAUGAUGGCAUUCAUGGCAAUGCCAAGCCUUUACCAGAAUGCGCCCUUUUGGUUGCCCAGGUGACAAAGCUCAAAUGUGGAGGAUUCAUUUUCGGGAUGUGUAUCUCUCACUGCCUGACCGAUGGUUUUACAGCGACGGAGGUGGUGAACUCAUGGGCGGAGAUCGCAAGAGGAAUGUCGAUUUCAGUGCUUCCUAGUUUGGACAAAAGCUCUCUACUACCACGUAGUCCACCAAAGGUUGAGUUCAUUCAUCCGGAAUUUACGAAAAUAGAGAACAAGUCGUCAUCAUCUGCCUUCAAUGACUUUUCCAAAGAGAACAUGGUGCAUAGGGUUUUUCAUUUUAACCGUGAAUUCAUAAAGGAACUAAAAUCGAAGGCUAUGGAAGAUGGAGUUCUCUCCAAGUGCUCCACUUUCGAAUGCCUUACAACUUUCAUCUGGAUAGCUCGAAGCAAGGCGUUGAACAUGGUUGGCGACCAGGAAAGCAAACUCAUGGUACCGGUGAAUGUAAGGGAGAAAAUGGAUCCACCAUUGCCUAAAGGGUACUUGGGGAAUGGAAUUGCAGUGGCUUGCACCAUCAGCAAAGCUAGGGACUUGAACAACGAGCCCUUUUCAACAACAGUGGGGUUGGUUCAAGAUGCAAUCAAGAUGAUUACAAAUGCUAGUGUUAGAUCUUCGAUUGAUUGUCAUGAGCUGCAUGGAAAUGUGCAUUCUUUUGCACAUACUAUGCUUGCGACAACCUGGUCACGGAUUCCCUUUUGCACCACUGAUUUUGGGUGGGGAGACGCUAUUUUUAUGGCGCCCGUAGCAUUGCCCGUUGAUGAGAUGCUGAUAUUUUUUCCGAAUCAUGGGAAAGAGCAUUAUGGAGAUAUGGCUGUUUAUGUGACUUUACCUGAAUUGGCUAUGAAGACCUUUCAAAACCUUGUGAUGAUUUAG